CCCUCCCCCUCCGAAUCGCCUCUCCGCUCCACCACCGCCGCUGCGGCUCGCCGCGAGACCCCACCCCAAGCUAUGCAGCCUAGUCCCGGCCCAUCUCAGGCGGCGCUGCCGUCGGCGGUCGCGGCGGAGCUCGCGCAGCUCGAGAGGAGGCUGGGGCAGGUCGCCGAAGAACCGGCGCGCCGCGAGCUCGGGGCACUCGGGGAAGCACCCGCGGUUCGCAUCCUGCGGAGGAUCGGGAGGUCCCAGCGGGAGGUGCGGACGCUCACCGGCUACAUCAUCACGCUUGCCAGGCAAGAGGCGUUCGCGCUCAACGCGCAGGCCGUACCCACCGCCGAGAGCGCCGCCUGCAGCUCCUCCUCUCCUUGCCUCAGAGAUGAAUCUGUACAUGGGCCGCAGUAUCACAACGACGUCCAAAUGGAAGAAAUUGCUUCGGACCUCUCAAACCAUUGUAUGGUGAUGGACGAGAGUCAAGGUCAGGAGGGAUCUCCGGUGAUGAUGGCAGUUGGCAACCCAUCUGAUUGCAUCUCCCAAAGGGAUUGGAACCAGGAUUGCAUUGAAGUUGACAACGAUGUCGCUGGAAUGGCUUCUCAGGCAAACCAGAUGCCUACGCAUUUUGGUGACAGUAUCAAAGAACUGAUUUCUAUUGUACCUCAUGGUGUUAUCAUGCUGGCUGAAAGUCUUGGAAAUGGCAGAGCAUCUGAGAUGUGGAACCAUCUUCAGACUGGUAGCCCCAAGCACGAGAUGGUUCCUACACAUCCAAGAAGUGAGUCUGCCUCAGGCCGCUUGCAGCAUGUUUUAACAUGUCUUCAGAGAGUUGGACCCUUAGGAAGUCAUUUGGGCCCAGAGUGUGCAAUAAUGCUGCCAAAACCGGUGACGAAUGCUGUCACAGAAAAUGCAUUCAGGGCCAUCCCUCAAAUCACAGUAAAUGAGUUAAGGAAGACGGCAAGCCCGCAGAUGUGCACGCUGGAGGAUUUGGAGUUCAUCAGGAGAUUUUUGAUACUCUCUUAUCUUUGUCAGAAUAAAAUGGCAGAUGAAGCUGUAUUGACCGUGGACUAUAUUAAAUCAUUGAAGCUCCUGUCCAUUGCUCAUUUUGAGUCGGAAAUUUGGAGCAGCUUUGGCCGGAAGAAUUUUCAGGCAUCCAAUAGACCUGCAUCAGAUAGGCCAAAGAAUCUUGAUUCGGAUCCAAGUAAAACAAAAGUAUGCCAUUGUGAGAUUGAGAUAAGAGGGGAUUCCAUAUUUCUUGUCUUGAAGGUUUGUGACGUUUCCAAUAUUUUUAUUUUGUAUUUGAGUUUCAUUUUAUUGUUGUUGUUCUCUUCACAUCAAGUAGUCAUUCUACAUUGUUCGAUUUGUGUUAAUUGCUUUUAACUUCUCACCAAUCUA